AUGGACAACUUGACAUUCAGAUACAGCAUUCUUCUAGUGGAGGGACUCAAUGUUACACCUCAGUCUUCCCAUCCUGUUUUCAUCUUGCUUCUCUUGGUUUAUGUUUUUAUAAUGAUUUCCAACAUUGGACUUUUAAUUCUGAUCUCAACAGAGAAGAAUCUGCAUCACCCUAUGCAUUUUUUGUUUUGUAACUUGCCAUUGAAUGAUAUACUAGGGACCACUGUCAUUUUGCCACGCUUGAUGCAGGACAUUUUUAAUAAAACAUCAGAGCGCUAUAUCACGUUUGUUGAGUGUGUCAUUCAAGCAUAUUUUGUACAUAUAUUUGCAGUAGCAUGCCAUUAUGUGCUAAUGAUCAUGGCUUUUGACAGAUACGUGGCUAUAUGUAAUCCAUUGCGAUACACGGCUAUAAUGACCAAUAAAAUGGUGGCUAAACUUUCAGCGUUUGCCUGGGGACUGGCAAUACUUAUGGUGACAAUUCUGUUAGGUCUCACUAUACGUCUGUCUCAAUGCAGAUCUAAAAUUGAAAACCCUUUCUGUGACAAUGCCUCACUGUUUAAACUUUCCUGUGAAGAUGUGUCCAUUAAUAAUGUGUAUGGAUUGAUUUAUACUGUAAUUGUUUUCACUCUCUCACUGGGGUCAGUAUUUAUAACGUAUGUCAAGAUUGCUGCGGUAUGUAUAACCAGCAAAAACAAAGCUCUCAACAGCAAAGCCAUAAAAACCUGUAGUACUCACAUAGCUGUUUAUUUAAUUAUGUUUGUUUCUUGUGGAACUUUUAUAUUUCUUCAUCGAUUUCCUGAAUACUCUGACAGCAGGAAACUGGCUAGUAUUAUGUUCCACAUUGUUCCACCAGGAUUAAAUCCCUUAGUGUAUGGUUUACAAACAAAAGAGAUUAGACAGAAAUUUAUCAAAUUUUGGUUCAGGAAAAAGGUGAAUCCUUAG